UACGGGGGUGAUGUGAGACCUUCGAUUUGUCCUGGAUGAUGGAGAAGACAGGAAGAGUCAUGAUCUGCUGUGUAGCUCUGUUCCUUGUCCUGACCUCUGUGUCGGCACAGAGAGAGAUUUAUUCAAUCAACAAUUUGAAGGAAAUCAACUUUGGUCAAUCUGUGCCCAAGCACAGUCUUUUGCUGCUCUACUGGUUUGCCAACGUAGUGGACAUCGAUGAGGACGACGACAUAAGCCUGACCUUUGACCCGGAAAGUAGAGCUUAUGGCUCACAUCAUUAUGGUAACUAUGAGGGUCUGUUGGACGACUUGCCUUUGAGCAAUGUCAGAUACAAUUACUACACUCUUGGCAGUCUCAAUCAAGAAACUUCCAUGCAACUUCCUCGUUAUGUUGUCCGUCCCCCAACAACAGAGUACGUGGGAAGUAACAUGGACAGGAUCAUAAUUCGCAUCAGGGAGCCGAACAUAGGACGUAGAGCUCAGCAGAAUAUAGACCAAGUUUAUAUCACACAGCAUAUUGAACAUCAGAGGGAAUAUGAUCCAGAUAAUACCUACAGGAUCACUACUAACCUCUUGAGACAGAUCAGACAGUUUUCUGUAGGAGAAAACCAACAGCAACUGUUGCAACUCAGAAACCACUUUAGAAGCAACACUGAUAUGUCCCACAUCAGAAACACAUGGGGUGGACUUGCUGGCCUCGGACUGCUGUUGUUUGUGAUUCAGGAAAGGUACUCCUUUUACCCAGAAAACAGUGGCCAAACGGAAAACAACUACCAAACGGAAAACAAAACGGAAAACAGCGGCCAAACGGAAAACAGCGGCCAAACGGAAAACAACCACCAAAAGGUAAACAAGUACCAAAAGGUAAACAGUUGGCAAAUGGAAAACAACCACCAAAAGGAAAACAACCACCAAAUGGAAAACCACCACCAAAUGGAAAACAGUUGCCAAAUGGAAAACAGUCGCCAAAAGGAAAACAACGGCCAAACUGAAAACAAUCACACAACACAAAACUACGGACCACAAAACAACUACAGACCAGGAAACAUACAAAAUAAUGGGGAGGAUGACGCUUUAAUGAUCUGCAUACCUUUGGUAUUGGUUUUAAUUUGUUUAUUCAUAUAUUUUCUUAAAUCAUUGAGAAUUUAGAUGACAAAAAAUAAGGGAGAACAAUAGAUAUUGUCUAAACCAAGGUGUGACGGUAUAGCUUUUUUAAGGCCGAUUAGGACCAUGAAGCCAACAGAUUCACCAAUCAAUUGGGAAAAAAAAAAAAAAAAAAAAAAAAAAAAAGAAUCAUUAGUUACGACACCUCAGUACUCCUGAACAAUGCCAGGGGUUGUUCCGCUGCAUGCUUUGUUUUGCCUCCACAUGUUUGAUUUUAUUGUUUACCAUUUUUUUUUUGUAAAUGGGGUUCAGUUAGCAUAGAGAUAUAUGCUUUGUAUAUAAUCUGGUGAUGAAAUGCCAAAUUCCUUCAAUCACCCAUCUCAAACCGCUGUGAUGGUCUGAGAAUCUUAAGGACAUUUGGACCUUCAAAGCUCGGUCUACUAAAUUGCAUCCGUUAAUAAAAGCAAAGAGUCUAAAUUAUUGAAAAGAAUUUAAACUGACCAAAAUGUCUUUUAUUGUAUAUCAUAAUGCACUGCUCUGGCACUGUCAUUAAGCUUCAGGGUCCAUUCAGGCAACACUGUCGUGCUCCAGCAUGUAUAAUCUAAUAGUAAUGACUCACUGAUGAUUCCUCGAUUGUUCUAACCAAUACAGAGAAUGUAAAUUGCUCUGAUGGAUAAAUGAAACUGAUCGGUGAAAGGCUCUAUGGUGUGUUAACAACAGCUGUGAUUGAUAAUGUUUAGCUUAUAAAUAAAGGGUUUAUUUCAUCUAUGGUUUUGUGUUUAUUAAACUAUAAUUAACAAUCACAAUGAUGAGUGUUUUUAUUUUAAUACAAUAAAUGAAGGAAGAAAUCAAACUUGUUAUUAGACUUUUUGUUACCACCAGCAAAGCUCGUUUAGUCAGUUUCAUUUACAGCGAAGCAGUGACCUAGAAGAUGUCACGCCUACUCUCACAAAAACACAGAUCAGAUACCUGACAAACAAACGCAGGUGAGUUCUCUUAUUUUCUGAUUACUAGUUUUGUUACACAGUAUUAUAUUCUUGAAUCCAAAACAGCUGUAUUAUGCAACUUCCUGUAACCACAAGCAACACUUGAUUUCAGUUUCAUUUACAGGGAAGCAGUAACCAGGAGGAGUUGAACAGGCUCUCACACAAUCACAGGGAUCAGAAAACUAACGGCAGCAGACAGACGCAGGUGAGCCCUCUUUAAAUAUGAUCAUGUUUUGUUUUUAGUAUCUAACCUCGCACUAUGCAACAUGACUGGUGAAGCAUUUAAUCAGUUCUUCUUUGUGAGCGUUCUCAAAAGGGAAUUUGGUAUAUAGACAGUAACUUUAGAAAAGUACUUGAUUUGAUUAACUCACGCUACUGAAGUCUAAGUUUAUCUGAAAUUAAUAUAUUUAGCAUAAAAUAUGCAAAAUAUGCAUUUUUAUUUUACAUAAAAUGAGGAAUAUGUAUUCCUUCCUCAUUCUGGCCUACCUCUUACUAGUCAGUAAAAGCAGGAGGAAUGAUAAACAAAACCUGUUUCAACGUUCAUAUGGCCGUCUGACUAUUGUUUUGAGACACGUGAAACAUUGUCAUCCUAUCCGUUGGUGAGGCCUUAGUGUGAGAUAUUCAACAAAAAAGAAAUUAUAGAUUAAUCCAAUCAUGAAAAUAGCCAUUAGAUGAAUCUCUGGCUACAAAUACAUUGAGGUUGAUAAUGUACAGUAUGUUUGAAUAAUGUAA